AUGCAGGGCAGUCCGGGGACGUGGUUUAAGGUGAUAGAGGCUGAGGCAAGUGACUGGGACGAACUUGAGAGGAUGAAAAAAGCGCAACGCUCCGCUGAGGAGGCCAGCAAGAGAUCUGCGAGAUUUGAUCAUUCGGUGUCCCAAGAUGAUGAUGUUUUUGAUGAUGAGCUGAUGUCUAAGGAGGUUGACAAUGACAAGCAUCAGAAGGUAUGCAACUGGCGUAUCGUGAGGAAGCAGCUGACUAAUCUGAGCUUGGGAAAGGGAACUAGUGAUGUCGUAGUAGGAGGAGGUGGCUUGCAUAAGGAGGAGAAUGCGGUUGUGCUAGAGUCUAUGUCUUGGGGCGCUAGAUGUGGUCCUGUAUAUAUGAAAAAACUGAGGAAUAAUAGAACUACUGAUACUAAGAGGGACAAGGGAAGGAUAUGGGAGAGAGCAGUUAAGGAGGCGGUUUGGCGGGUGGACAACUUUGAAGAUGAUUCUGAUGUGUUGGUGCAGUUUAGGGAUAUACUCCAACCGGUCGAUCGGGCUGUGGUACGAGCAGCAGUGGAUAUGGGAGCACUAAGUGCUAUAUUGAGCACCCGCCGAGCUCGAGAAAAGGAAGGAGAACUCGGCCCUGAACAUUUACUACUGGCGCAGGUGUUGGUAGGCGAUCUCGCUAUGCACAACCCGGAAAUUUCGAGACAGUUGUUGGAAGUUCUCAAUGUGCAGUUGAAGCCGCUUCUGCAUGAACUUGAUCGAGCGAUGGUCAGCUGUUUCAAAUCAGAGUGUGAAGCGCCAGCUGCGUGUAUUGCGGUGGUGGGACUCUGCAAAAUGAUUUUGACAUUAUUUGUUGAUGUAUGCGAGGUCGGAUGGAGUAGGAAGGAACUGUCGUCUACUACGUAUGUGGUGGAUGCUAACAGAGUCUCGGAGCAAUACCCUAGUGGGACGGUGGGCAUUACGUGGAAGAAAGAUGUGGCUGAUCGCGUUGUUGAGAACACUAAAGUUGAGACCAGUGACGGGUGUAAGAGUUUGUUGGAUUUGCUGUUGUUGUUCAUACAUAGAGCAGUGUACCAACCUGAGAUGAACGAGGCGUUGUAUGCUGCACUUGAGCUGGUGCAUGCUGUUACUGUUAAUGAUAUGUAUAACGAUCCUAAGGAUCGGCGUAACACUGUAAGGGAGCUCAUUCAUGUUGCCAGCACUGAACAGUUUGUGACGGGGAGUGAAGAGGUUGUUCAGCGGCGGAUGAUUAGUGGGAGAAAAUGCAAGGUGGAGGCUUUGAACGUGCUGCAUUCUAUAAAGGAUUUGCAGCUGCACCAUAGGGUCUUGACGGUCGUUGCUGGGCAUAGGGCCGAUGAGAUCAACGACGCGCUGUUGAAUCCUGGGAUGAAUCUUGUGGAGAAGUGUUUUAAUGCACUACGUAGGACCACUGAUCCAAGUCUUGAGGAAAGUCUGGCGAGCAUGUUGUUACGUUUGCAUGUGACGCACACUGAGCUGAAGAGGUCGUUGCUGAGGGUACACUAUGUGGAAGAGGGCCAGAUGGAGCUGUUGGAAAGUGCGCAGAAGUGGGCAGUAGAGUUAGCGAGAAUUCUGGACGAGCCUGAAGUUGAUAUGCUGUUAGCGGCUAGGGCUACAGGUCAGCUACGGGCCAGCCUGGUGCCUGAUGAUAGUACUGGCCUCACGAAGGCUGCCGAUUUGUAUGUUGCCCUGGGAGUUCACGAGCACUUACUACAACUGUUGAAUGUAUCAUAUUUGGGAGUGGCGGUGGACUUCCCGGUGUACUUACGACAUGCUGAGGAUGAUAUUAGAGGCGCUAAUAGAUUGUGCAUCGAGCUGUUAUGUGCUAAUAAGGAACUGGCUGCUGAGUGGUAUCAGCAGUAUAUCAGCUGUUCUCUCCGCAUACUAUCGCAACGCCCUAUGACGGUUGAGAUACAAGCAUUGAGGACCCUGCUAGAGUGCUUGGACCCAUCACUAGUAGAUAGUGGCAUUAGGCUUACUGUAGCGAGGAGCCUGUGUGAAGUCCCUAGUAUUUUGGGAGAUCUAUAUCAUGCUAUUGCCAAAGAUAUGAUGAGUUUACCAAUGGUGACUUGGAACUGCUGGCCAAGAUGCUAUCGGCUGGCGAUAAACAAAUCUGCUGAAAAUGAGGUAUCAGCGGCUCCCACCACAAGUCGUUGGUUGCUCAAGAGGACCACAACACGACUCGAGGCUGUGCCCGAGCAUGGUCCAAUGGCACCUUUGCUGGGUGCUGACCAGGACGUGGCUCCUGGGCCGACUUUGAUCGAUGGGACCCCAUUGGCCAUAUUGGAUACCCUGUCGGCCCUACUAGAAGGGGGCCACGGUAGUGAUACUGUGCGGUUGAAUGCCGAUACGAUGGCUUUGUCAUUGGACACUAAUAUGUUGACGAAACUGUUGGAGAGAGCUAACAAUAAAGGGCAGGACUCGUUAGCGGCAAGAUAUAUGAUCCUGAUGGAUUCAAUUACGAGGCGCGUAACGAUGGACAGCUCAGCUGCGAGUAAAUGGACAGUGUAUAACGAUACCACACCGAUGUUGAAAAAAGUGAGAGAGCGAUUGCAGGACCGAAUUGGCUCAGUGGAGAUAGUUAACUCUAGGGACGAGUUGGAGCAUAUAUAUUUCAUAGUUCCGGAGUCUGUGAUAAGAAGAGCACAGAGUGAUGAGUUUGAAGCCUUGAAGGAGCGUGUGAUGCACGACGUUCCGCGGGAUAAUCCUGUCCAGAAGUGUCAGGUGAGGGGGGACAGGGUGGAGGAGGUCUGUGAGCAGUGA